AUGGAGAACCCAACGGAGAAGGCUCUGCUGCAGAUGGCAGAGACUAUAGAGCGGGCCAUUGAUGAUGAAAUGGAACACAUUGAUAAUAUGGAUGAUGAAGAACUGAUGUUGCUUCGGCGUAAGCGCCUGAAGACGCUAAAAGAAAUGGGGGAGCGUCGAGACGCGUGGUUAAAGAAAGGACACGGCCAACUGCAAGAAUUGACGGACCCGAAAGAGUUUUUUACUGCAGUGGAGCAUUCUGAACGUGUUGUGGUUCAUUUUAUGAGAAGAAGCACCUUGCGUUGUUCAAUUUUGGAUCGACACCUUCGAGCAAUUGCAGUAAAGCAUUUUGAGACGCGGUUCUGCUUCGUUGAUGUCGAGAGACUUCCUGUCCUGGCUGAAAGAUUCAAUGUAAUGAUGUUACCGACUUUGAUGCUUAUUGAGAAGAAGAAUACGUUUCACAGCAUUAUUGGUUUUGAUGAGUUUGGGGGAACAGAUGAUUUCUCAACAGAUACUUUGGUAAAUGUGCUCUCCCACUAUGGUAUGCUCAACGAACGUGGUAUGUUUUCAGCUGACCAGAGCAACGAGUAG